AUGCAAUGUCUAAACAGCACGAAUCAGCGACGCACCCAGAAGACUGCGGCAAUUGACUCGCCUAGUCUUAAUCUAUUCCCAGCUCACAAGACUACGACUCCAGCUCUGCGCCGUUGCGUUUCGUCUGCAGGAGAGCAAUCAAGGACGGAUGACUUGCAAUUGUUGCAAUUGAAGGACAGGAACGAAGCAAGAAGAAAAUACAGUACUUUUUGGGGGGCUGAGAGCCGAAUGAAAGUGGUGCGAUGUUAUUAUGGUGCCCUUUUGCUUGUUGGAGCUGUGGCAGGGAAGCGGCGCAUGCCAAGGGGGCCCCCAGCCUGUCGCUUGCCGAGCAAUGACAUCGAGACCCGCCGCUUGGUCGCCGCCUUGAUUUUUGACUGCGACGACAGGAAUAUCGCAAUCUUGGGCCUCUGCUAUCCUCUCCUCUCAGACCCUCUCCAGCCCUCCAAGUUUCAGGUCCCUGGAUCCAGUGUGGCUGUGCAUCUCCUUCCAGCGAAACAUCAGGUAGCACGAUAA